GUAGUCAUUCCCAAGACCCACAGGAUAAGCCAUAAAUAACCCCUACAAUUUGGUCACAACAUUUGGCCCAACUACUGCCCAUAUACCUACUACUUUGCCAGAAAUACAAUCUGUGUAAUGUAGGCAAUAAAUUUUGCAGAUGAGAUAGAGCAUUUAUUUUACCCCCAUAAUUAAGGCAGCCUCACCACUCGUUUUCUACAGAGACUAUAUUUUCUAAGACACAAUUUACCUCCCAUGUAGUCUUUCCAUUCUCAUCGACUAGUGACAUUUAUAGCCUUACCCACUAUUGCAGUAUCGAAGUAACAAUCAAUGAGCACUGUCACAAAUUUAUUGAAAAAAUCAUGUACAGCCUAACCAACAAAGAAAAUGCACUAUCACAAAGGAAUACUAAGCAUCUUGCUUUUUUAUAUUUCUUUUCAAAAUAAUACCUAAAACAGUUUUUAACUAACAAAAAACUCGACAAAAGUACAAGAUAAUACUUUCUUUUCCUCUGUGCUAAAUCUCGACAGAUCAUAUAGGAUAGUCUUAAUUGCAAAUUAACAAUCUCAAUUAUGUUUAGGCCAGGAAUUAAGUAACUAGGUUGAUAAUUCUAAACAACUUAUAUUUGGCUAUACAGGUACCACUCACUGCAUCACACCCAAUUUCGGACAAAUUACUCACUCUUCAUGCCAUUCUAUGAUUACGUGUAUGGCACAAUGGACAAAACUACAGAGUCACUAUAUGAAACCUCACUUGUUAGAAAGGAAGAAGAACCUGAUGUGGUGCAUUUGACUCACCUCACAACACCAGAAUCCAUUUACCAUCUUCGUCUCGGAUUUGCGUACUUGGCUUCUCAGCCUCACAAAUCCAAGUGGUACUUGUGGCUGAUGUGGCCUGUAACUAUUUGGUCGAUGAUGAUCACUUGGAUUUACGGUCGCACUUUUACUGUGGAGAGAAAUGUCUUCAAACAAUUAAAAUUGCAGACAUGGGCCAUUCCCAAAUACAGCGUGCAGUACUACAUGCAGUGGCAGAGAGAAUCAAUAAAUGCAAUGAUUGAGGACAGCAUAUUAGAAGCCGAGAGCAAGGGCGCUAAAGUGUUGAGCUUGGGAUUAUUGAAUCAGGCAAAGGGUCUUAACGAGAACGGUGAGCUUUUCUUGAGAGGGCACCCUAAGCUAAAAGUGAAGCUGGUGGACGGAAGCAGUUUAGCCGUAGCUAUUGUGCUCAAUAGCAUACCGAAAGGAACAACUCAGGUUGUCCUUCGAGGGAACCUGUCAAAGGUUGCUUACUCCAUUGCCCUUGCCCUAUGCCAAGGAGGUAUCCAGGUGCACGCAAUGUGUGAGGAUGAGUACAAGAAACUUAAAGCAAAGCAAAGUGAGGAAGCCGGGAAAAAUUUGGUACACUCCAAAAACAGUUCUCCUCAGAUAUGGCUAGUGGGAGAUGGACUGAGUGAUGAAGAACAGCUAAAAGCACCAAAAGGAACUGUCUUUAUCCCAUUCUCACCUUUUCCUCCAAAGAAGAUGCGCAAGAACUGCCAUUACAACAGCACACCAGCUAUGUUGGUUCCCAAGCACCUGGAGAACGUCGACUCUUGCGAGAAUUGGUUACCAAGAAGAGUGAUGAGUGCAUGGCGCAUAGCUGGAAUACUGCACGGCAUGGAAGGAUGGGACGUGCAUGAGUAUGGAAAUAUGAUGUUCGACAUCGAAAAAAUCUGGCAAUCCAGCCUUGAGCAUGGGUUCCGUCCUCUCACAAACAUCACGGACUCAAAGUUAAAUUAGAGAAGCACUUUGUUUUGGAACAGCGAAAUCGGAUAUUUAUUCUUGUUGCAAUCAUUUGGUGGACUGCACUCCGAAAAUCAAGAAUAACUACUGAUCACUUAUAUGGCUUGAGAAAAAGUUGGCAAAGUAAUUUUAUAUCUAAACUUAUGUUGUACUUAGAAAAAAAAAUAAAAAAAUAUUCAACUUAUGUAUGUAUUUCACUUCUUCGGGCAAGUAACUUUCUACCCACGAGAUUCAAUGCGAAUUUUGUGAUCACGAAGAAUACUAAUCAUAAUGGUUUAAUAAAUUACUGUAAUUUAUUAA